UACAAUGAAAUUGAAAUAAUUAAUAUUUAUUGUUUGAUUAUAAUCAGUUGCUGUGUUGAUUAAAAGUGCGAUACGUUUAAGCAUCAUAUUGUAUAGAACUACGGAAAAUCGAUAAUUUAUUUGACGUCAUUGGUGCUGUACGUGUGGUACCUGUUGAUUUUCGCUUCAAACUUUCUUGUAGCAAAUCUACAGGUGGAUCAGUCCAAGCAGUAUUGUGUAAAAUAAAGAGCAUUUAGAGUUUUGUUACAUAAAGAAUUUGUUUCAUUUAUUUGUACCAUGGCAGCAGACUAUCCUUAUAAUUAUGAACUGUGUUUAGACAUGGAGCAAAUUGGAGAACAACCCUUAUCUUUAGAGGGUUUUAAACCUCUUACAAUUAUUAUGGAAGUUCUUGGAGCAAUAUUGGUAAUCUUUGUUACUGUUUGGUGUAGCCAUUACAGAGGUGGUUUUGCUUGGAGAUCUGAUCCAAAGUUGGAAUUUAAUUGGCAUCCUUUGUUAAUGGUCAUUGCAUUUGUUUUUCUUUAUGGAAAUGGGAUGUUAAUAUAUAGAACUCAAAGAAACGCCCGAAAAAAUCGCCUGAAGUUAAUUCAUGGUGGCUUGAUGUUAUUCAUAAUUGUAUUAAUAAUAAUUGCUCUAGUUGCUGUGUUUGAUAGUCACAACUUAAGUCCAACACCAAUACCAAACAUGUACAGUCUUCAUAGCUGGGUUGGGCUUACUAGUGUAAUUUUGUUCUGCUGUCAGUGGCUCGCUGGCUUUGUAUCUUUCUUCUAUCCUGGAUUACAUGUUCCACUACGUUCAUCCUACAUGCCUAUUCAUAUAUACUUUGGGAUUGCAGGUUUUGUUGGUGUAAUUGCUUCCUGUCUUAUAGGACUAAAUGAAAAAGCCUUUUUUGCAUUGCAGGAUGAUUACUCGAAGCUUGUAAGCGAAGCAGUUGUGAUUAAUAUAAUUGGACUUCUAUUAAUUCUCUUUGGUGGAUUGACCAUUUAUAUAGUAACACAGGAACGAUACAAGCGUCUUCCCAAAGCCGAGGAUGAAUCUCUAGUUAGAGGAAGAAGUCAGUAAAUAUUGAUGUUGCUACAAAACUGUAAAAACAUAUCUGAAUUCUGUAAGCAUAAUUCUAGGUACAUUUAUGUAUGGUACAUCAACCAAAUCUUCAAUAUUUUUAUAUUAUUUUACUGUUACUACUAACAUUUGCAAAAACUGUACUUUUAACAUACAAUGUGAAUUGGUUUAUGGCUUACAUAUUGAAUCAUACCUAAUGUGAAUUCUAUAUCGCUUACAAGACUAUUCAAAGUUUUACAGUAUGUGUUUCUUGCACAUUAACCAUGGUGCUAUUUUAUGCUUCUAUCUACUCAAUAUGGGAGGAAUGUUGAAUCUAGUUCUGAAACUAGUCUUAUGUUACUAAUAUUGUUUUCCACGAAUAUUUUUCUUUUAAUAUGUCUUUUAUAUAUAUGUUAUAUUUUUUUUAUAUGUUCAUAAUGUUGAACAGAAUGUUCGAAGUUUGUUUACUUCUAUACUUAUACAAGUAUUGAUGUAUAAAAGCUCUGUGACUCUACAAAGAUUGUGCAUUAUACUGUGAUUAUCAAAAUGAAUGUACUUAUUGUCAAAAAUAUAUAAUUGCACAUAUAUCUUUCAAGCAA